GGUGCCCUUUUUUUUCUGUUGGCGUCCUCACAUCCCGCCUAACCCGAAACCGCUCUCCCUUUCUCUCCCGUUCUCUCACCUCCUUCUAUCCUUCACUUCUCACCGCACAGAGAAACAACACACACACAGAAACCAAGAAAGACAAGCGCAACGCAUCUCUUUGUUUCUCCGCAUCCGCGUUAACACUCCUCUUCUCGGACGCAAAAAAUGGCGGCCAAUAUCGGAGAUGAUCGUGAGAAGGAGAACGACUUCAACAGUCGUCUCCGCGUCGAUCUCACGAACAUCGAUGUGGUGGACAGCGCCAACCAGAUGCCCUACGAGCAGGGCGUGGCCUCUGACGACGAGGAGCAUUACGUCCACCCAGAUGCACGCGCGCUCUUUGCGAAGGUGCCGUGGACGGAGAAACUCCCCAUCUUCAGCACGUGCUGCCAAGGGUACGGCCCCAAGUGCACCAUCGCGUUGGGCUGCGUGUACUUCCUCUCCAAGGGCAUCGCUAACAAUCUGAUCACCUACGCCCGCUACGCCAUGUUUGUGGGCCGCUUCGGUACCUCGGGCAUGCGCUACCAGCGCCUGGUCAGCAUUACGAAGAUGGGUUGGUCGAUCAAGGCUUUCGCGGCCAUGCUGUCCGACUCCCUCGCCGUCUUUGGCUACACGAAGCGGUGGUAUUGCGCUGCGUCGUGUGUGAUCGGCGCGGCCCUCACGGUGGGGUACGGCUGUCUGCCGCAGAAGCCGUCCAGCGCCGACAUCGCCGCCGGUUUCGUCUUCCUCACGGGCUUCUUCAUGGCAAACGUGGAUAUCCUCUCCGAAGGUCACUACAGCCGUCUCAUGCGCCGCCACCCGCGGUGCGGUCCGGCGCUCGUUAGCUGGGUCUGGUGGUUCAUCCUGGGCGCCACGAUCGUCGCCGCGGUGAUCCAGGGACCCCUCUCAGAUAAGGCGAUUCCGCAGGUGGGCCUCUACGUGGCAGGCGUAACGCAGCUGAUCACGACAACCUUCUUUGUGCUGAACUGGUACGGCGAGCGCAGGAACCGGGUCGAGCGACUGGAGGAUGUGCAGGGCGCGAAGGAGGAGCUGAAGCGUGCGCUACUGCAGGGGCGUGAGGCGGCCGCCGCUGCUGCGUCGUCACCUGCGACUGGCAGCGGUCCGUCAGCGGAGCCGGAGACGGACUUCGACCCGAAGAAGCCUACGGUGGAGGACCCUGUGGGGUAUUACAGCAACACCGGCGAUCUACAGGACAGCCUGGCCGUGGACACGCUGCGCGACAACCAGCUGGUGAACGAGGAGGAAGAGGGCGAUGGAGAUCUGGGCAUCAUACGCUGCUGCGGAGGACUGCUGGAUGUGAACAAGGAGGUGAUCAAGCGCAACUGGCGUCUGCUGAUCUACAGCAGCGUGAUGGUCUGCUCCUUGGUGACCAUGACGUGCAUGACGAUCCUGGGCACCAAAUGGCAGCUGCUGUACACGUGUAUCGCGGUGGUGGUGGCGUGCGCCAUGAGUGCCUUCUGGGCUCUUCCGCUGCUCAUCGCCAAGGUGAACAUUUAUUUCUUCUGCUACGCCCUCCUCUACCUGCAGCUGCCCGGUGCGCUGGACAGCUUCUACAUGGCGAAGGAGACGUGUCUGCCCAACGGCCCGCACUUCUCGUACACCUUCUACAACACUAUCAGUGCGGUGAUCGGCAACGUUGCCGGCAUUGCCGCCGUCUCCGCGUUCCCGUACAUCUUUUCGAAGCACAGCAUCCGCUUCACGCUGAUGUUCACCUACUUCAUUCAGGUGAUCGCCUCCGUGUUUGACAUCGUCAUCGUGAAGCGCUGGAACAUGGAUAUCGGCAUCCCCGACCACGCCAUGUACCUCUUCGGUGAUGCCGUGGUGUACGAAGUGAGCUACUACCUGGCUUACAUGCCGACGGUUGUGCUGCUCUCCCGCGUCUGCCCGCGUGGGUCGGAGAGUAUGGUGUACGCGGUGGUGGCCGGCUUUGGUAACUUGGGCAAUUCGCUCUCCAGCACGGUGGGGUCGCUGCUGAUGGAGUUCGUUUGGCCCAUCACCACGUCCGCCCCGUGCGACUUCUCGAAUGUGCCGAUGCUGCUGCUGGUCGGUCACAUUCUGCUGCCCAUGCUCAUUGUACCGCUCAGCUUUGUGCUGGUCCCCGCCGCGCGCAUCUGCGACGACAUCGACGUCACCGGCCAGGUUAUCCGCAAGGAGGCGAAGAAGAUUCAACGCUGCCAGUCCAACGAAGCGGCCGAGCCUGCAAACGAGUCCCGCCAGUAG